UAGUUCGCAUAUUGUUUACUGUUGUUAUUUAACCUUUACCAAGACUAGCGCACAUCCACUAAAGUCAACCGUCCAACAAGGAAUAUGGAUUCAGAAAUGCAAAAUCAGAGCCCUAAUAUGGCUUCAAAUACAAAAAAUACUUCCUCAUCAAAUAUGUCUGCUGAGGGACAUAGCGUUACGAAGAGGCUACGAAGUGAAUUAAUGAGCUUAAUGAUGUCGAAUACCCCAGGGAUUAGUGCGUUUCCCGAUUCUGAUUCGAAUCUGUUACAUUGGGCGGGCACUAUUACAGGUCCGGUUGACACUUACUAUGAAGGAUUAAAGUUCAAAAUAUCCAUGAACUUUCCUGCCAACUAUCCAUUCUCAGCCCCGACGAUCGUUUUUACUUCUCCUAUGUGGCAUCCCAAUGUCGAUAUGAGCGGGAAUAUCUGUCUGGAUAUUUUGAAGGAUAAAUGGUCUGCUGUUUACAAUGUUCAAACCAUUCUGUUAUCUCUUCAGAGCCUUCUUGGAGAACCUAACAACGCUUCACCUCUGAAUGCUCAAGCCGCAGAGCUAUGGGGUAAAGAUCCCGUUGAAUACAAACGCCUUUUAAUGCAACGCUACAAGGAAAUUGACGAAAUAUAAUUUCUUAAAUAAACGAAGAAUAAUGAGUUUUACACACUGCUUCAAGUUUACGGAGAAGUGCAGAGUUUCAUUAUUUAAGACUCAAAUGUGUUUUAUAACAAUUUGGAUCCUGCGGAUGAUAAACUGAGCCUUUCUUAUAAUACGUUGCUUUAUAAUGGUUACAAAUCAUGAAAAGCCUUUAUCAAUAUCUAUAGCUUAUAUUUGUUGUUCUAACUGAUCGCUGUUUGUACCGAUAGUUAAAAGCAGGAUAAUUUGGUCUAUUACUAUCAGGCGUUCACUCAUACUCGGAAGUGUAUGCUGAGAUGGUGAUUUUUUAAAGUAUUCAGUGUUGUAAUAUAUACUAAAGAGGAUUUACUCGUAGCAUAGCAGGAAGGCUAGUUUUGUAUUUUAUCGUAUACUUACCUCAUGCGUUAUAGCGAAAUGUAGUAAGGCGACAUUAGCA